UCUCUAUGCUAUGGUACAAAAGAAACCCCUAUUCUUAAAGUUUAGAUCUUCCAAUAUUUACGUAUUGGUGACAGUGUCCAUGUCAUUAUUCACAGAUAUGAUGGUCUACAGUAUUAUUGUGCCCAUUAUUCCAUUUGUCAUGGAUGCUAUGCAAAACGGAAGAUCGCCUGAUACAAGAUCUGAUCCUUACCAUACCACUAUUUCCAAUGGAGGCAAUGUCAGUAAAGACACCGGCAUUUUACUCGCCCUGUUCUCCUUAGGGUUAUUAGUAGGAUCACCUGUGCUUGGCUAUUUAGCGGAUCGGAUGAAAUAUCGGCAAUGGCCUAUGGUAGCAGGCAUUGCAGGUCUCUUAGGUGCUACUUUUCUAUUUCUGUUUGCAACGACUUAUUGGGAACUAUUGCUUGCUCGAUUUUUGCAAGGCUUCUCUGAUGCGUGUGUUUGGACUUUGGGUAUGUGUUUAGUGGCAGACACAUUUGCUCUAGAAGAAUUAGGAACACAGGUAAGUAUCAAUGUCAGAUUUCAAGCUUAUGUAUCAUCUAGAUGGGAAGAUAACAUGUUGUAUACAGCACUCUAUCACUCUAUGGGUUAUAAAGCGCCUUUUAUUUUGUGUAUUUGUCUAGCAGGUGUUGAUAUGCUAUUACGGUUAUUUUUGGUAGAAAGAAGACACCGUCCUGCCGAAUGGUUCUCUGAUGAUACUCUGACGACAACUGAAACGACUGUUGAGAAGAAGAAGAAGUAUUAUCAUGUCACUGUGUUCCAAUUAUUACGCCAACACAGGCUGUUGGCUGCUCUUUUAAUUGCCUUUGCGAAUGGCUGUGUUUGUAAUGUAUUUGAGCCUACAUUAACUGUACGUCUCUCGACUGAAUGGAGAUACAAUUCAAGUCAAAUUGGCCUUGUAUUUCUAGCACAAGUGAUCCCUACUUUUGUGGCAACACCUGUAUCUGGUGCACUAUCUGACAAAUAUGGCGCUAAAGUCGUCUGUAUUAGUUCGCUUGUGGUCUGUACUAUCACCAUGUUCUUGAUAGGCAUUCCUAAUCGAUCCACAGCGGGAGGUAUUGCUCCUCUGAUUGUUAUCUUUGCCAUUCAAGGAUUUACAGCUUUUGCUUUUAUUACACCUGUGUUGCCUGAAGUGGCCUUUGUGGUACAAUCACUCAAUCCAGACAAAGGUGAUGAUUCGGGACAAGGCAUGAGUUACGCGCUUUUUAAUGUUGCCUUUGCAUUAGGAGGACUUGUGGGACCAUUGCUAGGUGGAUUUUUGUAUGAUAAGAUCGGAUUUUUUUAUAUGUGUAUUGUAAUGGGUUGUUUCUUAAUAUUGUGUCUGCCAUACGUCUUUUUGUUUACGGGAGAACCUGGCAAGUUUAUUGUUCGACCUCAAGACAAAAAAUCAACAAUGAUUGGAUGAAUGAAAUCUUGCAUAUCGGUAACUCUUAUUGGUCAGUUUUGCCAGUCCCUUUCUUCUUUGUUCGAUACCAACCCGACUUAUAAAUCCAUC